CCGUCACUCGGCGGCUGGGCCCAUCUGGCGCUCCCCAUUCAUGCAGUUUGGUUGCGUGUUGGUGUAUUUGACUGUUUGCAAUAAAGAGGGGGGGAUUUUUUUUUGUUCAGUUUCUGCUGCAAUUAACUCUUGGUCCCUUAAACAUUUUUUUUUUCCUCUCUCCUUUCCUUUUUUUUUUUUUUUUUUCGAAAUUGCGAUUUUUGCAGAACGGUUGAAACAGUUUUUUCGGUGGUUCCAUUUAUUUUUUUAUACCUCUCUCUCUGUCUAUUUUGCAAUCAACUAUUAAGGUGCAACUAUGCCCAAAAGAAAGGCUCCAGCUGAAGGCGAGGCAAAGGAGGAGCCAAAGAGAAGGUCAGCUAGACUAUCUGCUAAACCUGCUCCGCCAAAGCCGGAGCCAAAGCCCAAAAAGGCAGCACCUAAGAAAGAAAAGGCAGCAAAUGAUAAAAAGGAGGACAAAAAGGCAGCAACAAAAGGGAAGAAAGGAGCCAAAGGCAAAGAUGAAACUAAACAAGAGGAUGCUAAGGAAGAAAACCACUCUGAAAACGGAGAUACCAAAACUAACGAGGCACCAGCUGCUGAAGCAUCUGACGAGAAGGAAGCCAAGUCCGAGUAACGUCAACCCUGCCCUCUAUCUCCAUCGUUCGGCGUCCGUACCUCCGUGCUGUAUUGUUAACAGAGAGGAAUAUUUUUAUCAACUAUUUUAUAACUGCAGGUUUUUUUAGCAUGAAUUUAAUUAUGGAACAUCCUCAUCUCGGUUACUUGGGGGAAAAUUCAAUCCCUUUUGAGGAAAAAAAAGAAAGAAACAGGAAAAAAACAACCAACAAACAAGCCACAAACAGACGAAGCAGAAGAUCAUUGUUUUUAACCUUUGUGAUUGUAAUAGUUUGUAUGGUACAUGGAAAGAAUAAGUGGUGGUAGCUUUUGACUUCUGUCAGUGUGUCCCUUUUUUGUGUAAGUCAAUGCUUUACAAGACUUCAGAUUUUCAUUUGGGUUUGGUUUUGGUUUGGUUUUGUUUGUUUCCCC